GGAGAUGUGUGGGAUGGUUUCAAGAUGAAUGUGGAGAGUACUGGGAUGCUCUGGGUGGGUCUCCUCGACUACUAUGCACGAGUUUUUGACUUCGACGAACAUGUCAUCACCAUUCGGCAGAAGAAACCUCUUACCCGAUUUGAAAAGCUUUGGACAGGAAGUGCUAUUGCCAUUGAAGUGGCUCUGUACAUCCGCAAGGCAUUCAUCCGAGCAAGGGAAGUCUUUGGGACACCUCAAGACAAGUUACCAGAUUCAGUGAAAUAUCCUGAAGACUACUUCUUCAUGAGGGGGUCACUGACAGAUGAGCAGCCACCAAAUGACCGGGGCUGUCGGUACUGUGGCUGCAUAGGACAU